AUGAGCGACGACGACGUGGUGCACGUGCAACUCGGCGCGCGUCUUCGCCGUCGCAGUCGCAGUAGCAGCGCAGUCCUGAGCACGUCCACUCCCACGUCUGAUUCUACUGCUUCGUUAACGCAUACAGUCACUUCCUGCGUCGACCUCAGCGCGAGCUACGAAGAAGCGCCGCACCCGUCGCUUGUGUCCCGCGACGUUUUGGAGCUCCGGCGCUGUGCGUCGGCAGACGCCAUUAUAAGCAGUACACAACGUCUCAGUCGCUCUGUUUUCCACCCGUUUUCUCAUGAUCGUCGAGAGAAUGCGUCGUCUCGAUUGCACAAGAGUGCGACCGCGCGGUUUCAAGCUGGCGCAAGCGCUCCCGUGUCUUCUGCCGUAUCGCUGCGGAGCCGUUCAAGCUUGUUGAAGAUGGAAAUAGAUGCUUCUGAGGAGACUGUGGAUCAAGUGACUGACGGUGGACGACUUACACGGAAUAUGCUGGGAGACUCUGCAAAUGGGAGAAGGAGAAACGGUGACGAGAGGUUUCGACGAGCAUCGUCACUGGACGCAAGUCCGCCACUGCCUCCGGAUAGCACGAUAUCGGCUGAGGAGGUAAUCCGAGAGAGUCUGGCAAGUGCACUAAACUCGUCGUUGUACACGGACAAGGACGAUUUUCGAUUGCCUCAUCAACGACGAUCGCAUGCGCUGGGUAAUGGGACGUUGACAGUUGUCGAGCGAGACUCGUUUGCCAUGUCGAAGCGCUCGCGGGAUAGUCUAGCAUUCUCGUUCUCAAGUCGCAGUACGUUUCGACGAAGCACAAUAUCGGAGCUGAUGCUCUACGAGACGGACCUGUUUGAGCCAGAACGUGAACUGAGUGCGCGAGAACUUUCUGACGUGCUGAGCGGAUCUGAUGAUGAUGUCAAUAGUUACGAAGUGACUAGUAUAAAGGAGGAAGAAGAGGGCGUCAAGCUCGAAAAUGCCAAGUCUCGCUGGGCACAGCACGUGAAACUCAAGGCACGAAGUUUUUUGUACGCAACAGUAGCCGGUGGCAAACAUGGAGCUGCUAGUGAUAGCAGCACUGGUGGUCCCAUGACACCGGCGGCGCCAACGUCGGCAGAGAUUUGGGCGAACAAGCAGAAGCAGAUCCUCGCGCAAAUAAGUAGUGGUACUGGAUACAGUGCGAUGUCGUCCGCUACGCUCUCUCCAAGCACACAUCGUCAUUCCUUGCUGCCUCCUCUACCGUCGUUUGGACCAGCAACGCAUGGUGGCGCCAAGUUUCAGAAGUGGAAUCGAUGGAUGCAUGAUCAAUACCAGCACAAUUUUGGCAAAGUGAUGCAGCGCGCUUAUAAGGACGGGGUUUUGCAGCGGGAGCAACAGCAGUUUGCGUUUCCAUUACACCAGCCGACUCCUGACCCAACCACACUUAUUUCCAUCGAGGAAGUUAUCAGCAACCCACGAAUGAUGCGCUACUACGCAGCAUGGCUUUCUGAUCCGGCAGACCAGAGUAAGUUAUUCUUCCUCUGUUCUUUUGAAGAGUAUCGUCAAUUUUGGUGUACAUUGCGAGCUAAUAACCAGCGACAACCUCUUGCAAAGGAUGACGUACACAUGCUACGCACGUACGGCGUCAAGAUCGCGAUGAAGUAUUUGGCGAAGAAUGCCCAGUUUCCAAUCAACGGCCCUGCUGGUACUGACGCAGCGGAGGGUGGCAGUGACGAGUCUUUACUCGUGGAAUCCAGCAGGCUACGCUCCAUCAAACGCGAUCUAGCGGCUGGGGGUGAAGAUGCACUUCGAACGUUUGACGAUGUUGCCGUGAAAGUGAAGCGAUUGCUCAUGUUUAAGUUUCCUGAGUUUCGCAAGACGGAGCUUUACGCUGAGAUGCAGAAGACCGUGGAGCGCGAAGUCAUUUGCUUCGAAGACAUAUUGAUGAACCACCGCAACCAGCGUCGUGAGCGCAUUGAGCAGUCCGCGCACCGCUGCCGGAGGUUGCUGAGGUACAUUUCCCAAAAAUACUACGCUGGAGAUGCUGAGAUGCAGACCCUGUCACGCACACUAUUGACAUCGUGCGCUCGGCUUCAGGCCGAGCAAGACGCGAUCUUGACGAGGUUCAGUCUCAUUCACCUGGAGUUGUAUCAUCGCUUUUUGACCAGCCGUGCUUACGCUGAAUUCUCGCUGUAUCCCAAAUUAUCGUCUGAAGACGAGAAAGACUCGAUCGAUGAUUUUAUGCGACUCUCAGCCCUGCUUUUGAGCUAUGGUUUGCGUGCACACCAUUGGGCUGGUAGCAGUUCAAGCUCCUCGUCGUCGUCGUCGUCGUCGUCCAGUACGCGCGAAACUGAUGCUACAACACUAAAGAAGAAGACUCUUGACUCGCUUCGUACAGCGCAGAGCUUUGACGCUGUAUCGGGCGUGCUCACCUUCGAAGCUGUGUCCGUGCCAGUGAUGGCAGAAGAAGCAGAAAAUGGCCUUGAUGACAGUGAAGUACUUGAAGACCCGAUUGAAUUACACGUUGUGCAGCACCAGCUGCCUCAUGACCCAACACUACACCUUGUGGACAAAUCGAUUGAGAAUUUUCUCGUUCCUUGGUGUGCUGACCCUAGGCAUGUGGUUGUUACCGCGUCGUCUUGCCCAGCGCCUCUUGCGUUUAACUUCCGCAUGGGUGACAGCAGUGCUGGUGCCUCGGCUACUGAGUUGUUUGCGGCUUGCAUUGUUUUGUAUAAACCAGCACCGCCAUUAUCACGGCGGGUACUUGAGACAUCUCGAAUCGCUUUUUCGAGUAGCUGUCGAUGGGUGCCUUAUGGAGUAUGUGUACUAUCGAAGUUUCCAAUGGUGGAUCUCCUACGAGAGCGUCUUGCGGAAGCAUACGAGUACAUCCUUGAGCUAGAGACUAUCACUGCCGCCGCCAACGCCGGUGCCGGCGCCGACGGCUCAACGAUUGCUCGAAAUGGCGGGCAAGGUUUCCAGCUGGACAAGAGGGUGCUUGCCAAGUUAACUCGGGCUGUCUCGAAGGAACACAUCUCACAAUAUCACAAACCAUCACCGUUGCCAGAGUCCCCGCUGCUUGAAUCUUCAGGCUUGGCUCCGAAAGCCACAGCAGCUACACUGCUAGCCGCUCUUCCGCGUUUGGACCACUCCGUUCGUCUUCUGUUCGACACAUUGGACGUGUCCACCGUGCUUCUUGUCUUCACCGCGGCCUUGUUGGAAAACCGCAUUUUGUUGGUCUCCUCGUACUUGUCAGUGCUCAUGAAGGUUGCUGAAUCCCUGCGAGCACUCAUGCAUCCAUUGUAUUGGCCUCACGUGUACCUUCCUGUCCUCCCACGUCGAAUGCUACAGUAUCUUGAGUGUCCGACACCUUUCAUCUUUGGUGCUGAAAAGCAAGCGCUGGAUGAUGCGCAGCGCCAAGUUAUUGAGGAGGGUGGCGAUGAUCUUUUUGCUGGAGCCGGCGAGGGGUUGCUUGUCGUGGACUUGGACAAGGGAGCUGUUUUACGUGGAGAAGUACCAUGCGCUCUUCCUGAUAGUGUUCGCUUCGGUCUGCGCGACGCACUCUAUGAGUGUCUAAAACCAAACGUGAGUCGCAGUGACCAUGUGUUUGCACACCACUUCCCGAGUAAGCCACUGGUGUUUCCGGAGAUCGCUGUUCGUGGGCUGUUCUUACGAACGGUCAGUAAGCUCAUUGGCGACUUUGGCUAUCAUCGAUAUGUUUGGACGGACGAGUUUGCGCGUAAGCGUACCGUCUUCUUUGACGAGGCCAGUUACCUUGCAGCUUCCACACCCGAGAUGCGCGACUUCCGGAUAUUGUUUAUCGCCACGCAGGCCUUUUCCGAAUUCAUGGUCACGCAUCACGGUUUCGAAGAACAACCAGGCCAGUCCAAAAGCACUCCAGGACCGUUGAAGUCGUCUGCUUCGACAUCCUGUACAUCGUCUACUUCCUCCGCGUCGUCCCUGCCACGAUAA